GCGGAUGAUUGACAGGUCAGUGUGUGUAACUCAGCGAAGGAGCCGGUGAAGAUUCUCAGCGCAAUGGCAAGUCCUAAAAGAGUUUGCAUCGUCGGCUCUGGGAACUGGGGUUCUGCUAUUGCUAAGAUAGUUGGCAGAAAUACCGUGAACAAUUCGAAGUUUCACUCCACGGUUAACAUGUGGGUGUUUGAAGAGAUGGUGGACGGGCGUAAACUCACAGAGAUCAUAAACACAGACCACGAGAACGUCAAGUAUUUGCCUGGACACAAGCUUCCAGAAAAUGUUGUUGCGGUGUCAGAUCUGCUCGACGCUGCCAAGAGUGCUGACAUCCUGAUCUUUGUGAUUCCACAUCAGUUCAUCGGACGUGUUUGUGACACCAUAAAGGGCAACAUCAAACAGGACGCGCUUGGAAUGUCCCUCAUCAAGGGUGUGGAUGAAGGGCCGGAUGGACUGAAGCUCAUCUCAGAGGUCAUUCACGAGAAGCUGGGCAUCAAGAUGAGCGUGUUGAUGGGAGCGAAUAUCGCCAACGAGGUGGCGGAUGAGAAAUUCUGUGAGACCACCAUUGGCUGCAGGGAUAAAAGUGAGGGGGCGUUGCUUAAAGAACUCAUGCAGACGGAUCACUUCCGUGUCACAGUCGUACAGGAAGCAGAUGUGGUGGAGAUCUGUGGUGCACUGAAGAAUAUAGUGGCAGUAGGAGCAGGUUUCUGUGACGGCUUGGGCUUUGGGGACAACACAAAGGCUGCGGUGAUCAGACUGGGUCUCAUGGAGAUGAUCAGCUUUGCUCGGUUGUUCUGCACCGCCGGCUCUGUCUCUUCUGCAACUUUCUUGGAGAGCUGUGGCGUUGCUGAUCUCAUUACCACAUGUUACGGAGGACGAAAUCGGAAAGUCUCAGAGGCCUUCGCCAAGACUGGCAAGUCUCUCGAAGAGCUUGAGAAGGAAAUGUUGAAUGGUCAGAAGCUGCAGGGUCCAGCCACAGCCGCUGAGGUCCACACCAUACUUAAAAACAAAGGCAUACUCGACAAAUUUCCCCUUUUUAAUGCAGUGUACGAGAUCUGUUACGAGGGUCGGCCUGUUACUGAGUUCAUCCUCUGCUUGCAGAACCAUCCAGAACAUCAGUGAAAGAAGGACAGAGCUGCAAUACUGAGUGUGUGUGUGUGUAUGUGUGUGUGUGAGCCCUGCUGUUGUGUUUAAAUACUUUAACCAGCAAGACAACCUCGUCAAACAGAAGCAGCAUGCAAAUCCAUGGUUACAGCAGGGUGUGUGAGUGUGUUGAACAGGGUCGCAUGAGGACGCUCUCUGAGUGCACAAUCAGGUUUUGUCAUUUCUAAUGAAUCCAUCCUUCCAGUCACUAAUUCUAUUCUGUAUAAAAGCCUCAAAUGCCAGACUGAGGUCUCUUUUAUAAGUGCCACUGAAUCUGUGUGAAAUAGUUCUCAAAUUCACACCGAAUUGAAUGCUCUCUAUAUGUAAUGUGAAAUAAAUCACUGUCUGUGAGUUCCAGCUGUC